AUCCCAUUUUCUGCUCUGUGAAAACAGAACUAGAACUCACCCCAAAAAUCGAAGUUUUUUUUCCUUGUUGCUCUUCAAAGAAAUGGAAAGGUUGAAUUCAAAGCUCUACAUGGAGAACUGUUUGAUAAUGCAAGAGAAUGAGAAACUGAGGAAGAAAGCGCAACUUCUUAACCAAGAGAAUCAAGCAUUAUUGUCUCAGUUGAAGCAAAGGCUCACCAUGGGUAACCAAAAUGUCAAUAAUGCCCCUGACUCCUACGCUGACCUCAACCUUAAUACCAAAGCUACUUCAAGUUCAAGGAAGCCUUGAAGAAGAAAAAACAGUUAAAUGACUAAAGUGGACAUGAAAAUCAUCUUUUGGGACAUCAUCUCUCACUACCCUCUUUGAUGUUUUUGUUCUACUGAGAAUAGCAUAGGAAUCAAAGGAACAGAAUCCUAGUUUGCUAGAUAUUUUGCAGUUUCUGUUAUCUAUGUAACUAGAGUCAAUAGAGGGGUAGUAUUGUUAUUCUACAUAUUUCAGUUAAUGGUUUACUUUUUACAUUUAUUAUUA